AUGAUCAAAACAAAACAAUAUUUGGAACGUGUCCAUGGUUUUAAUGUUAUCGGUGGUUAUUUAUCGCCUACUCAUGAUGAAUACGUCCGAGGUAAACUCGGCGAAGAAUUAAUUAGUGGACAACAUCGGAUUGAAAUAUGUCAAAAAGCUAUUGAAGAAGCUAAUCAACAACAUUGGCUCAGUGUUGAUAAAGCCGAGUGUAUGGCACCCAAUUUUAUUUCCUUGGGUCAGGUAACACUCAGUCUAAAAAUGUUUAUCAACACAGUGCUAAACCUGCCAAAACCUGUUCGCGUCAUUUAUAUUGCUGGUCUUGAUUUAUUCAAUCGUUGCCAUGGGAUGCAUCGACUGAGAACACCAGAUAGGGAUGGUGUUGCCGUUGUCUAUCGAUCAGGUGAAGAAGAACAUCUGGUCAGAUCUGUACAAUCUCCGCAUCUCGACAAAGUAUAUUAUGUGAAAAACGAUAGCACUGAUAAUGAAAUAUCAGCGUUGAGUGAUAUCAGUUCAACACAAAUUCGACGAAUGCUUAAAGAUGGACAAUCGUGCGAGCAUUUGACCUAUCCUUCGGUGUUGAACUAUUUAAAAUUGAUUCCACUCGAGAAGAAAUAA